GACACCGGAACUUCCGCUGCUGAGGAGGCUGGAGGGCUGCGGGAGAGGGGCUGAGGCCUGGUGCCCCACCCCCUCCGGAACCGUCAGUUGCCCUGGCUCCGCGACCACCCUUCAGGCUCCCCACCUCCCGUUGGUCCCGAGCUCCCCUCCGCCCCACCCCAUCCUUUCGGAUCCCAGUUGUUCCAAGUGGGCGGGUGCUACCACCCCCACCGCUCGGUUCGGUGCUGCGGCUGUCAGUGCCCAGCAGGGGCGGGGUCAGUGGAGCCCCGCGCGGGAGUCGGAGCAGGGAGGAUUUACGAGGUCGGCCAGCACCCAACCCUCCAGGCAAACAUGCUUGAUCCUGUCACGAACACAUAUAGCACACGUGGAACCACCAUAGGCCCUGCUGACAUGGUUUUUUGUGUUUUGGACAAUCUCAUAAGAACUUUGGGUCUUACAGCACGAACCCCCUGAAGUCUGCUUGGGUACACACCGCAGUAGAUUUUGGUGCUUUCCCAGCCUUCUUGGUAUAAAGGUCCAUGUUCCUGGCUAUGACAAAACGGGCAGGCUCUGGGUCCCCUCACAAGUGAGCAGAUGGCGGCAGAGGACUGAGGCCUGGACAGAGGACCCAGGGGAAGGCAGUGGAUUUCCACAUGGUGGGCUGGAGAAUUCCUAUGAUGCCCAGCUCCUGGGCAGAGUUUCUGGGCUGCUCAAGCCAUCUCUGGCUCUUAAGCUUCAGCUGGCGGCCAGCAGCCAGCAAACCUCCAGUGUCCUCCUGGGGCUGGCCUCCUGGUCCCUGUAGCUACAUACAGUAAUGCAUCCAUCACUGCAGCCUGCAAACAGGAACCUGAGGAACCUAAUGUGCCUGAAAGAUGACAACCCGAGACUGGGGUGGGGCUGGGCUUCACCGUCCUCCUGAGGGAGACGGAGGAGCUCCAUGUAACCAUGGGAGUCAUGCCUGGAGGUCAGCUUGGCACACUGGCUUUAGAGUUAUUUGGGCCUCUGUGUAGAUUGUGGCGUAUCUCCUGAUCUGUGAAGUUGGAAUAGGAAUAACACACACAAAACCCAGCCUGGCACAGUGACACUUCACACAUGUUUUUUUGAGAUAAUGAAUGAAUGAGCAUAGAGAAAUAUUCCUGAACUCCUGCUCCCAGCAUGAAAACCUCAAUGACCUCGCAAAGGAAUAAAAGAGGAAGAGAAGAAGGGGAAAGAAAGGAACGGGUGGAAGGAAGAUGGAAGAGCAGGCGGUAAGUAUAUCAGCUGCCCAGAGGGCCUCAGGGGCUGCACAGGACACAGUCCCUGCCAACCCCACCCCUUACCACAGCCAGGAGAGAAUCAAGCCCAGAAUUCUCUGCAGCAGCUCCAAGAAUACUUUCCGCUUUGCCACCUGGAAUGGACUGUGCCUGAAAGAUCCUCCCAAUAAAGAUCUCCCUUUGGGUCGGCCACAGUGAGUGAUCCUGAUGAAAUCAGCGCUCAGGUGCUGUGAGCAAAAAGACCUGGGCCUCUGUGUUCCUCUCUUGAGUUCUUGCAUUGUGGUGGGGCAGUUGCCAUAAUGGAUCAUGGGUUUCUCUUUCAAUAAGGAGAGCUCAGUGCCAUCCAAUUUGACAGACAUUCAGUAAGGGCCUAGCACCGCACCUCACGCAGAAUAGGUGUACAAAGUAGACACUCAAUAAACUCAGAAAGGGAGAGGUGGGUUCCGGCUUGCUAAGACUUUAUAAUCUAGCAGGGGAAGCAGAUAGAGAAACCAUAACCAUAGCACAAAGUAGAGAAAAUGGGAGCUUUCAGAGCCCCAAGUGGCAGAGGAAAGAAUGAUGAUUCAGGGCGCGUGGAAACUUCAUGAGGUGGCUUUCAUCUCCUCCCAUCCAAUAGACAGUCUUGGGCAUUGUUGAGUAUCUCCACAAAGGCCAAACUGCGCCGUCUCCACUGCUAAUGGGGCACGUUGCCAACCCUGCCCUAUCUAGGGUAUCUUUAUUAGUGGGCCCACGGACAUUCCAGCCAGAGCCCCCCACUCCCCCUACCCAUUUAAUCAGGAGGAAUGUGCUGCCCCCUGGAUCCCUUUAUCUUCACCCUCCUCCCCCCUUGGAUUCAGGAUGUUAGGGAGUCUUGCAGAAGACAGGGGCCGGGCUGUUUGACCAACCUGGUACAGGGUCUAGCACAUAGCAGGGGUGGUAAAUAAAUAGCUUUGAUGAGGACAGACGGGACUAGGACAAGGCGCAAGGCCCGGGCCAUGUAAGGCACAGGCCAGGCAAAGGUCCUUCCGCCGCUCUUAGCGGGGAUUUGACCCGGAGAAGAGAGUUCUGUCGCCUGCGGCCUGCGCACCCGGGCCCCUCCGGGCUGCCCCUCCUGGGCAAAUCGUCCUUCGGGGAUGUGGAUUGCGCCGGAGGGUCGUGUGGGCGGAGAAGGACACGCAGGGGGCCGGGACCCAAGUUCACGCCUCCCUCCUGCAUCCCGCGGCCGGCGGAAGCGAUUAUUCCCCGGCGUCUGGCGGGGCCAGGGCGGGCUCGCACCCGGAGGAGACACGGGUCUCCCCGCGCCCACCUUUGAUCGCGCCGCCCCGCCUUCCCCGCCCCCGGCCCGGGAGGGUAUAAGUGCGGCCCGCGCCCCUCCGGGCGGCGCGCUGGGCUCCGGAGCGAUGGCCGCAGCCGAGUCCCGUGCGCUCCAGUUCGCCGAGGGCGCUGCGUUCCCAGUGUACCGGGCACCCCACGCCGGCGGGGCGCUCCUGCCGCCCCCCAGCCCUGCGGCAGCCCUGCUCCGCGCGCCGCCCGCGGGCCCCGGCCCAGCGACCUUUGCGGGCUGCCUCGGCGGGGACCCGGGGCCGGCCCGGCCGCCCCCCGCCAGCCUGGGCUCUCCUGCGCCCCCCAAAGGCGCGGCCGCCCCGUCGGCGUCGCAGCGCCGCAAGCGCACGUCUUUCAGCGCCGAACAGCUGCAGCUGCUGGAGCUCGUCUUCCGCCGGACCCGGUACCCCGACAUCCACUUGCGCGAGCGCCUGGCCGCGCUCACCCUGCUCCCCGAGUCCAGGAUCCAGGUAUGGUUCCAGAACAGGCGUGCCAAGUCUCGGCGUCAGAGUGGGAAAUCCUUCCAACCUUUGGCUAGGCAGGAGAUUAUCCUCAACCACUGUGCUCCUGGAACUGAAAUGAAAUGUCUGAAGCCCCAGCUGCCUGUUGAGGUAGAUGUGAACUGCCUGCCCGAUCCAAACGGGGUUGGAGGGGGCAUCUCUGACUCUAGCUCCCAAGGUCAGAAUUUUGAAACCUGUUCCCCUCUCUCUGAAGACAUUGGUUCAAAGCUGGACUCAUGGGAGGAACACAUCUUUUCUGCCUUUGGUAACUUUUGAGGAUUCUGGGAGAAUUCGGGAUAAGCUCUGAGGAGCCAUGACUGACAGCCUGGGAGAGACACAUCAGCAUACUGUCCUUUCUGACUUCCAUGCUAAGGACAUGUCCUUGUUAACCUUGAUGAUGGUUUUGACAGCACCUCUCACAUUUGAAGAUAGGCCACCACUUUGUCAAUGAUGUUUUAAGCCCACACUCCCACCCCAGAGUUCCGGCAUUCGUUUUUACCUGUGUUCUCUCCAAGCCUGCACAUUCCACUGGUCUGCAUCCCUAUGCCUUCUUGCCAGGCCUGUUUUUAGUUUUUGGACUGGUUGUUCAGAACUCAUUAUUUUCUUCACAAGAAUGCCUCAGCUUGACUCGGUUUCCCCUUGUGCUUGACAGCUGCCAUUUUCUCCUGGUCCCUCCAAGGCUUAUAAUCUUAAACUCACUCUACCCCGUCUCUUCAACCCUCAUCCUAGGUUUAUUACUUUUUAAAAUUGGGCCUGUCAUCUUCACGUUCAAUCAUAGCUCCAAUGACUCUGCAUGCAGAUUAUUUCGACAGGCCCCUUGCCUCUAGCUUCUCAAUACUUAACAAAAAUUACCCUCUGUGGGCCAGGUGCAGUGGCUCACUCCUGUAAUCUCAGCACUUUGGGAGGCCGAGUGGGUGGAUCACCUGAAGUCAGGAGUUCAAGACCAGCCUGGCCAAUAUGGUGAAACCCCAUUUCUGUUAAAAAUAUAAAACUUAGCUGGGCACGGUGGCGGGAGCCUGUAGUCCCAGCUACUCACGAGAAUCACUUGAGCCUAGGAGGUGGAGGUUACAGUGAUCUAAGAUCACACCACUGCACUUCAGCCUGGGAGACAGAGGGAGACUCUCAAAAAAAAAAAAAAAAAUUACUCUAUGGUUCUGUGGUAGCCUCCAGUUGCUACCAAAUUAUAAAAAGCUUUCAGUUACCCUCCCAGAUAACUGAUGUCAUCCUUAGCCUGCAGGAUAGCUAUGCAAAUCUGAAGGUCAGCUAUCCACAAUAUAUGCUUUGGUCUUAAAGUCACUCCUUUCAGUUUUGAACCAAAUUCAUACCUUUCGCUUUCAAAACACUCGAGGACUCCCCGCCUGCCUUCUGAAGUCUGAAAUUUUCUCUUAAGUAAUCCUGAUUUUGCACCUGUUACUUCGAUCACUCCAUUACCCUUAGCACUUGUUAUUGUACUUCCUGUGCAACUUUUGUGGAUUAUUAAAUGUCUUUCACAAAUGUUUCAAUGUAAUUUCUAUUUAAAUGAAUUCUUUUAGAUAACUCCUAGUACAGUGCUUCACUCCACAAUUGCUCAGUACAUACUAUGUGGCCAUGAAAGACAUUUCUAAAGGCUUCUGCAAAUGUAGUUUUUAGCCAGUAAUCAAUAUUGUAUCAGCAGGCCACUGAGCUGAGAAAUUUAAUUUGGUUAAAACAUAUUUUUGCUUGAAUGUUUAAUCAUAUUUUAUGAGUAUUUUGGUUUUGGGAAAUUUCUCUUUGCAAUUUAUAAUUCUAAAUUUAUGUAAAUAACUUUCUAAGUCGGUCUAAGAUCAAUUAAAAUAUUUUGAUAUUUUGA